AUGUCGGAAAUUAGUUGUACAUAUUUGGUAGUUGGUGGUGGAAUUGCCGGUGUUUCCUGUGCGGAAGCGCUGGUCUUUUUGGCGGAUCCCAAAGAUAGUAUAGUGUUGAUUACGGAAUCGUCUCUGGUGAAGGCGGCAACCAAUGCGGUUUCCCUUGGUAAGGUGCUAACUCGGUUCGAUGUCGAGGAAGUCGAAGCGGCGUCUUUGAAUGGUAGCAAUAUUCGCGUUAUAGAGGACAAACUCGAGAGGAUUGAAAGCGAAGCUCACUACGUGAGCACCGCUGGUGGCAGUAAGAUCAACUACCGCUAUCUUUGCCUGUGCCUGGGAGCUCGUCCGAAACUUAUUGAGAAUGUCGGUGAAAAUCCAAAUGUGAUUGGAAUUCGUGACACUGAGUCGGUGCAAGAGUUUCAGAAGCGAGUCAAAAAUGCAACUCGUCUGGCGGUUGUUGGAAAUGGAGGUAUCGCUUCGGAAUUAGUGUAUGAGAUUACCGGAGUCGAGGUGCAUUGGAUUAUCAAGGAUGAGUAUAUAAGUUCGACGUUUGUCGAUUCUGGGGCAGCGCGGUUUUUCCAAGAUCGCUUGUCGUGCAAAGGUGAACAGAAGUCUAUUGUUAAACGAAUGAGAUAUUCGGAGGAAAAAGCUGAAACCAGUGGCAGUGGAAAACCGGGCGCUGCGCUUGGUCCGGAUUGGCAUCGAACGGUCGAUAUAUCGGGAAAGUUGAAAGAUGUUCCUGCGAGUGUGAAAAUACACUAUCAGACCAAAAUAGUAGAGGUUAUUCCUCAGAGCGAGGGUUUUCCGGUUCAGCUCCGGUUAUCUGAUGGUGAAAGUUUGGAAUGUGAUCUCGUAGUAUCGGCUACCGGGGUUACUCCACUGAGCAAGAUAAAUUCCGAUCGCGAUUUUCGUCUCGGACCGGAUAAUGGCUUGUGGGUUAAUUGGGAAAUGGGAACGUCGGUGGACGACGUCUACGCCGCCGGAGAUGUUUGCUGCGCAGGGUGGGAAUGGGCAUCGCAUUGGUUCCAGAUGCGUCUAUGGACUCAGGCACGUCAGAUGGGCGCGAUGGCAGCUCGAGCAAUGGCGGCGAAACGUGCCGGUGAGACGAUUUAUCAGGAUUUUUGCUUUGAAAUGUUCAACCACGUUACGCAGUUGUUCGGCUAUCAGGUGGUGCUGCUGGGUCGUUAUAACGGCCAGGGUUUGAACGAUCAGUACGAAGUGUUGCUUCGGAUGACCCCAGGCUUGGAGUACAUCAAGUUUGUGCUGGUGGACGGAAAACUGCAGGGGGCCAUGCUGAUUGGUGAAACCGGACUGGAGGAGACAUGCGAAAAUUUGAUUUUGAAUCAGCUGGAUUUGACGCCCUACGGAGAGGAUUUGCUGGACCCAAAUAUAGAGAUUGAAGACUACUUUGAUUAGCAUAAUUUGGAGGUAUUGAUUGCUGGCUUACUUUUGAAAAAUAGUUGAUUAUAUCGAAAUGAAAGUGAACAGUUUAAUUUGAUGAUGACAAGACAGUGAAAACUAGUUACUAUUCGAGA